GAUGCCCCGCCCUUCGUGGCGGCCCCGCCAGUCUCCGCGCAGGCGCGCUCGGGCCGCCGCUGGCUCCUCGCACGCGGCCAUGGCGGAUCCCGAGCUGCAGCUGGUUGAGCGGCGGAUCCGCAGCUUCCCCGACUUCCCCACCCCGGGCGUGUUAUUCAGGGACAUCUCGCCCGUCCUGAAGGACCCCGCCUCCUUCCGCGCCGCCAUCGGCCUCCUGGCGCGACACCUGAAGGCGACCCACGGGGGCCGCAUCGACUACAUCGCAGGCCUAGACUCCCGAGGCUUCCUCUUUGGCCCCUCCCUGGCCCAGGAACUUGGACUGGGCUGUGUGCUCAUCCGAAAGCGGGGGAAGCUGCCAGGCCCCACUGUGUGGGCCUCCUAUGCCCUGGAGUAUGGGAAGGCUGAGCUGGAGAUCCAGAAAGACGCCCUGGAGGCAGGACAGAGGGUGGUCGUCGUGGAUGAUCUGCUGGCCACUGGUGGAACCAUGCAUGCCGCCUGUGAGCUGCUGGGCCGCCUGCAGGCCGAGGUCCUGGAGUGCGUGAGCCUGGUGGAGCUGACCUCGCUUAAGGGCAGGGAGAAGCUGGCUCCUGUGCCCUUCUUCUCUCUCCUGCAGUAUGAGUGACUACAGGGCCUCCCAAUCCAACACCUGCAGCUGGAGCCCAGGGACAUUUCAGCCCUGGGCAACUGCAGUGACCUCUGCAGUCACCAGGGGCACCAGCUCCCCACAGGGAACACAUCCCUUGUUUGGGUUCAGCACCUCUCCUGGGGCUGGAAGUGCCAAAGCCUGGGGCAAAGCUGUGCUUCAGCCACCCUGGGCCCAUUUACACACAGGGAGAACGCAGUAAACAGCUUUGCCACAA